CUGAAUGAUUGGCGAAAGGUGAAAGAGUGACGUGCGCACACCGUUCCCUGCUGGCGGACCGGGGAAUCACUGCGGGGGGCUCGAGAGAAAGAUCCUUUAUUCAAGGAGAACCAUCCUCCGCUCCUCGGUUGCACGGACACCUUCCCGCCGUCCUCUCGCCUCUCUCGGCUUCUUCUCUCGGAGCUCCGGACCCACACUGGGACUCCACGGCUGCGGUGCCCGGCUCAGAGCGCUGGCAGGGCGGCUGCAGGACUGAGGAGGGGUCGGUGUGAAGCCUGGAUGUUUUGAUAGAAUGGAUGCAGGCUCUCAUGUCUCACCUUGGGGAGGAGGGCUCGACCUGCGAUGUGUGACCUCUGACUUCUGACCUGUCUGAGAGACGAGGAGGAAGAGGAGGAGGAGGAUGAGGAGGAUGAUGGAGGGAGGAGGAGAGGAAGCUCAGUUUUCUGACCUGGGAAGCGCCCCCCCGAGAGGAGGAGCUGCAGCAGACGGACAGAAUGGUGUCGUCAACAGUAGGCUGGAGUUUGGGUUUCCUCCUCAGAUCCUGAACCCCAGCGCUCUCCUGCCCCAUCAGGCGGGGUCUCCCGGCCUCCUGCUGAAGGCGUGGGGGGAGGAAGUGGGAGGCGACUGCUGCGAGACCACCUUCAUCGAGGGGCUGGCCGCCGACGCCUCCUCCAAUAGGGAGGCGCUGAUGUUCCUGGACAUCUCCGGAGAGGACGUGAGGAUUCAGUCGCUGGCGAACGACGUGGAGGAGGACGAGGAGCUCCAGGAGCUGGAGGCCUGUGUGUGUCAGAGCGAUAACUCCAGCGAAUCAGAGAGCGAGGACGCCUUCCUGCUGAUGCCCCGCAGAGACCACCUGGGGCUCAGCGUGUUCUCCAUGCUCUGCUGCUUCUGCCCGCUCGGCAUCGCCGCCUUCUACCUGUCGCACGAGACCACCAAGGCUUCCUCUCUCGGGGACUUCCACGCGGCUGCCUCCAGCUCGCGGCGCGCCCUCUUCCUUGCCGUCCUCGCCAUCACCAUCGGGACGGGGCUGUACGUGGGUGUCGCUGUGGCGCUCAUCGCCUACCUCUCCAAGAACCACCACUGGUGACUUCAUCGGGGGGGGGGGGUUCUUAGUGGGAGAUCUCUACUGGAGCUCCCCCAAGGUCGGAAUCCCUCGCCAUCGGAACAUUCAGAGGACAUGCUAAGAACUUUCCUGAGGGCGGCCAUCUUUCCUUCCCGCUUGUGCUACUGCUAUGCAGUCCCUCCCCAGUCCAGACCUCCCAGUCCAGACCUCCCAGUCCAGACCUCCCACCAAUGGAAGUGGAGGCGAACUGGAGGAGAGUCCCUCCCUCUGAGGUCUUCUCAUGUUCUUAAGAUGAUUUUCAGGUUUUUUAAAACCCGUUUAUGCUCGGGCUGCUAUAUUAAUGUCUGUUUGUAACUAAAUAUUUGGUACGGCAGCUGACAGACGCUCUGCAACGAGACCCUCAGGAGGAGCAGAUACAGAAACACAUGCAGCAUCUAGAGAACAUUCAGCAGAGGAAACAUGAGCAGUUUACUGAAAGCUGCAAGAAGCUCCAACACAACGGAGACCAGGGGACACUAAAGAGAGACACACACAGCUGGAGACCAGGGGACACUAAAGAGAGACGCACACAGCUGGAGACCAGGGGACACUAA